AUGUCGAGCAACCUCCGGAAGGAAGACGAUCGAGACUGCGGAGCUGGGCACCAUGAGUGCUUAAGGGGCCGCUGGCUUAAUACAGUUAACGAGCUCAGCACUGCGUUGUGCGUUACAGCCGCCAAGGACUUGGAGUUGAAGCGCCUUGUUUUACAAACAGCCAGUCAGCAAGUUUGCCUACUUCACAUCCACAGCUUCGCACCCAGCCAGAUGGACUCGGUCGCACCUGGCGCUCUCCAUGUGGUCAAGAGCAGCGCAGAGCUGCCUCGCGGCAGCGUCGAGAGCGGCAUCCCCGCCGGGGCCCACUCCCAAGUCCGCAGGUUCCAGAAGCGGACCGCCCGCAUCUCCGAGCUGCUGGAGGAGAGCGCCAUUCAGGACAAGCUCACUGCCCUCAGCUCUGACGAUGUCGACCAGCAGCAUAGGAACGGCAGUGGCGGCGGCGUUACCUCCUCUAUGGCAGGGGGCCGUAACUGCUCUCAGGAUGGCUCGGAGGCUGGCUCCGUAUCCGCUCGCAUCGGGGGCGCUUCGGGGCGCCAUAACUGGCGCAAACUGAACAAGGCGGUGGUGGCGACUAAAGUGCUGGCCUCCCGGCCCAACGCGCUUGCCCAGGGCCGCCAGCCAGCCCGUCAGGCCUUAGCCCAGCAGAAGCAGGUUGCGAGCAGCAAAGAUAUCGCUACUACGUCGAACUUCUUUCUAGGCGCUAGAGAGACGCCGUGGCUGCGGAUAAAGGAGUCGCUCAGCAACGCCCUCACCUUCCUGGCCAUGCGAGUGGUGAUACUGCCGGAAACCUCAUGGUACCAAGUGUGGUGGUUCUACUACGCGGUCGCCAUCGCGAUCGUAUCCUGUUGGGUGGAGCCCUUUCAGAUGGCUUUCCAGCACCCCGGGAUGCCCACAGCCGUCUGGAUGACCGCACUGGAGUACGUCAUCAUCGUGACCUUCCUGCUGGACUUCUUGUUCAAGUUCGUUGUGGCGUACUUCGACCCGGAGACAGGCGUCUUGGUCACCGCACAGCCCAAGAUGGCCAUUGCGUACUGUAGAAGCGUAAAGUUCUUUCUGGACAUUUUGGGCUGCUUCCCGUACGACAUGCUCGUAUCAGCCAUCGCCCGGCGGUGCGGCGCCUCUAACAAGAUCGAGGAUAGCGUCGAUUGGCUGAAACUCAUGGCGCUGUCCCGGGCGUACCGGGUUUUUGACUUGUUCCACGUUUUGGACUACCGCAUGAUGCUCAGCCAGGGCACCCUCAUGCUGCUGCGCAACUACACCUACGUCUUCUUUACUGCACACUGGGCUGCCUGCAUCUUCUUUCACAUGGCUCACGAGGAGCGAAAUUACCGUCACGGCAAUGACGACUCCUGGGUGGGUCGCAAUGGCCCGGCGUUCAUGGGGCGUCCCCUGUACGAGCAGUACAUCUUGUCGCUGUACUUCACUGUCACGAUCUUCACCUCCAUGGGGGACGGUCGCCUCUAUCCCUUCACCAUUGUGGAGCUCUCCGUGAUGAUUGUGUACCUGCUGUUCAACCUCUUUCUGGGGGCCUACAUCAUCGGCACUGUGACGAUUAUGAUGGUUCGCGCGGAUGAGCACAGCAAGUCCUUCCGCGACAGCAUGACUCACCUGGUGGAGUACAGCAGGGAGAACGAGCUGCCCGAGCGCCUGUACAAGGCCAUGCGCGAGCACCUUGAGGUCCACUUCGACUCGGCGCAGACGGCAGACGACAACGUGCUGUCUAUCUACCCCACCACCAUCCGCCGACUGGUGCUACGUCACCUCUACCUGCAACCCGUACGCAGCUGCUACCUGUUCAAGGGCUGUAAGCAGCGCUUUCUGGACGCCCUGCUCACCGCGGCACGUGUGGAGCUCUUCCUUCCAGGGGUGGAGAUCAUGACGGAGGGCGACAACGUUGUGGAGCUGCUGAUUGUGAUGUUGGGGGAGUGCUUGGUGUCGCGCGGGGGUCAGCGCGUCGGCGGUGUGUACGGCAUGUCGACAUUGGGUGCUUCGGCGGUGGGCUCCGAUAGCAACAUUUCCUUUCUGACUGGCAGCAGCCGCAACGCCACGUCCGACGGCGGCGGCUCCUUUGUUGGGUCGGCGGUGGGCAGCAAAGCGGAGGUAUCGGUCAAUGUGCGGGACGGCAGUUUGAACUGCAGCCAGAUGCAUGCCGGCUCCGCCACCCCGUUGCUCUCCCCGGGCGGCGUCCUGCUGUCCCCGCUGCCCCCUGGAUUACCCCCCAAGAUCCCCAACCUGACCUCCACACUCAAAAAAGGCCCCAGCGACGCCCUGGCGGAGAUUGCCUUUUUCACUGACGGCGCCAGCUACGAGACAGUGGUCGGUCGUACUCCGGUACGGGUGCUAUCGCUGCCCAAGGCCGCUUGGGAGCUGUUGGUCCAGCAGUUCCCUCAGCAGCUGCAUGUCGCGCUGUCGCUCGUCAGCGGGAAGGAGUUCGUGGACACCACGGACCCCGUACUGCUGGCACAGACUCGGGAUGCGCUGACUCACCACCAAAUGGAGAUGAUCACCCGCCUGGACGAUAUUCGUACAGUGGCGGCCACACAUACCCGAAAAUGUGACGAGAUGCGGACCUUCGAGUUCCUCAAUACGGCGGCCCAAGGCGACGUGGAGUCCCUUCGUACGAUGCUGGCUCAGGGCAUAAGCCCCAACACGGCGGACUACGACGGCCGUACGGGCCUUAUGCUGGCAGCGGCCAAAGGCCACAAUGAGACGGUGCAAUUGCUCCUGGAUGCCGGUGCGGACAAGGACAAGACCGAUGCCUUCGGUAUUUCGGCGCUGGCGGAGGCGGUCAAAAACGAACACGACAGCACCAUCGAGCUCAUGCUGAAGUACGGCGCCACACUGGGGGCUGGCGGCCUGACGGUUGCGGCGGAGAUGUGUACGGCAGUGUACGAGGGCGACUUGGUAAAGCUUCGUCGUCUUCUCCGCUCCGGCGCCCCCCCCGAUGCGUGUGACUACGACAAGCGGUCCGCGCUGCACAUCGCCGGCGCGGAGGGCAACCUGGCGGCUGUCAAGCUGCUGGUGGAGGAGGGCGGCGCGGAUCCCAACUUCCAGGACCGCUGGGGGAACACGGCGCUGGACGAGGCGAGGAGAGUGGGGGCCGCGCCGGUGUUGGCGUACUUGGAGGGUCGGCAGAAGCGCGACGCGGGCGUGACGGCGGAGAAGAAGCGGCAGCAGGCGGCGCACGAGUUCAUGUCUUGGUGCGGGUUGGGGCAGGUUUCGGAGCUGCGGAACGCGGGCGGCUACAGCUUCGGGGACGAGGCGGGCUGUGUGUUUGCGGGGCUGCUGCUGGCAGCGAGCAAAGGACACACGGAAGUCGUGGAGGUGCUGUUGGAGGGAAUGCCCUCCGAGGUGCUCUGGAACCACGCACACGUGGCCAUGAUGGAGGCAGCCCGCAUGGCCCACCCCGACACGGUGACCGCCUUUCGCCGAGCUGGCGUGGCGCUGUGCGACCCAGGGGGCACUACCACCGCCACCUCCGCGUCUUGUCCCUCGUCAGGCCCCAUGAUGAUGCGCAGCCUGAUUGCAGAUCUCCGUGCAGCUGCCCAGCAGGGCAGUGGUACGGUGCUGGAGGCGCUUCUGGCUGCCGGGGUACCCGGGACCCGGCAGCCGGGGGACAGCACCUCCCCGCUGCACGUGGCAGUGGAGUACGGCCAUCUGGGAGUGGCUCGCCGCCUCGUUGAGCACGGCGGAGCGGCGGCGGAUUUGCUGUCGUUGGACGGUCUCGGUCGCACACCGCUGCAGGUCGCGGAGCACCUGUCGUCCAUGCGCCCGCACGACCUGCACGCCAAGGCAGUUCACGAGUACCUGGUUUGGGCCGCUCCGCUGGCGGCCGCCGGCACCGGCCCUGCUGCCCUGGCGGCGGCGGCGGUGGAGCAGUGGGGACCGAUCGGCCAUCCGGCCAUCGAUCCGCAUGCGCCCGAGGUGGCGGCACUACUUGGCACUCCGCAAACCCCGUCCAUCAGCGGUGGCGCCGGCGGCGGUGGCGCCGGCGUAAAGAGUUCACUCAGUCCCGGUGUCGACUGCCGUACAGACGAACGGCUGACUCUGCCAUCGGCUCUUAGGGCCUCCUGCAUAUCCCGGGGGUCCAACACGCCGCAGCUUGGCAGCGGCGGCGGCGGCGGCGGCGGCGGCGCUAGUGAAGCGCCUCAAGGGCCCCAUCGUCAACCCGGAACCGACCCCCCGCCGCUGCACACUGUAGUGGAGGAGUGCAGCGGCGCUGUCUCAAUCUCAACGGAGACCGGUAACGGUAACUUGGACGACAACAGCGUCGCGGCCGGCGCUGACGGCGGCGCCGCCGCCGCCGCUGGCGGCCUGGUGGCUAUCCCCAGCCCCGAGCUUCCCACCUCCUUUUCCGUGCCCGAUGUGGUGGGCAUGUGGGACUCAAGCUUGCCUGGGACACCUGGGGACUCAACACGCGGCGGCACCGGCGCAGGGACGCUGCUGGCGGCGCUGGCGGCCCGCCGCGGCCCCGCUGAGGCGGCGCAGCUGUACAACGCCACCGUACAGCACUCCGCGGUGCUGCUGAACGAGCCGCCGUCGCAGCUGCCGGACGCUGCCGGAGGCAUCGCGACAGGCCUACCCAGCCCGGCACCCGCUGCUUCCUGGCUUCGGCGGCGGAGCAGCACAUUUUCACCGGUGGUAGAGGAUGAGAUAGAGCAGUACAUGGCCGCACUGGCCGAUGGGAAUGACACUGCGCCCGCGGCAGCGCCGGCAGCGCCUGCUGCGGCGCCCGCCGGUCUGCAGGUUCCGGAGGCCCGGGAGGCGCUGGCGAGCCCGGGAGGCGCCGCACAGCGCCACUUGCCGUCGCGGCUGGGAGGCAGUCGGCUGGGCAGCCAGGGGAUUUCCAGCGCCCCGUCUGGCAGGGCCGGGGGAAGUGGCGUCAGCUCCCCCGCUAUACCCGGGGACGGCACGGGGCUGGUACGGGAGGGCUCGGGGGCUGCCGGGUCGCCGCUAUCGCCGCGGGGAUCUUUGCGGUCUUAG